AUGGUUGACAGUGCAGAGAACAAGGUUCUUAUAAGGGAAUUCAAUGCAGACACAGAUAGUGAAGUGGUGGGGAAGCUAGAGAGGAACUGUGACCUAGGGUCUAAAAGGGGGGUCUCCAUUUUCACUAACAUGAUGGGUGACCCUUGUUGUAGGAUUAGGUUCUAUCCCCUUCAUGUUAUGUUGGUAGCAGAGCUGCUCGAAAACGGGGAGCUUGUUGGAGUGGUUCGAGGAUGCAUGAAGCAUGUAGGCACUGGUUUUGGGGCAAGCUAUGAGAUAGGUUGCGUACUAGGCCUUCGCGUCUCUCCUACACACAGGCGGAUGGGAAUUGGAUUGAAACUCAUGAACUCGGUGGAGGAGUGGCUGCUGAGGAAGGGAGCACAGUACACAUUCCUGGCAACCGAAAAGAGCAACAUCGCCUCUACAAAUCUCUUCACUUUCAAAUGCAAUUUUGUGAACCUCAGCUCACUAGUCAUAUUUGUUCAGCCUAUUUGUUCCCCUAUUGAUGAUCUGCUUCCCCAAGAGAUAAAAAUAGAGAAGCUGCACAUAGACCAGGCAAUUUUCUUGUACAAAAAUAAGCUAAGAGGCAAAGACAUGUAUCCGACAGACAUCGAUGUGAUCUUGAAGGAGAAGCUGAGCCUCGGCACUUGGGUCUGCUAUUUCGAAGAACAGGGUUGGAUCAACUUAAACACCGAGGAAAAUGGUAAGGACAUCACCAGUAAAACUCAAAGCUCUUGGGUAAUCUUUAGCAUAUGGAAUACAUGUGAAGCUUACAAGCUUCAUAUAAGAAAGUCUCAUCCACUAAGGUCUUUUCAUGCUUCCCUAAGCCAUGCAAGGAAGAAAAUAUUGUCCUGCCUAAAAUUGCCUGUCCGUGUCUCCAUGCAGAGCUCCUUCGGGUUUCUGUUUCUCUACGGGAUUCAUGGAGAGGGAGAGAAGCUCGGGGAGCUCAUGAAAUCUGUGUGGAACUUCGCAUCACGGUUGGGACAAAAUGUGAAGGACAGCAAGUUGAUUUUAACUGAGCUGGGGUUGUGUGAUCCUCUCAUAAAGCAUGUCCCCAAGGAUUCCAAUAUGUCAUGUAUCAAUGAUGUCUGGUAUGUGAAAAGCUUGAUUAGCCACGCUGAUGAAAAAGAUGAACUGCUGCUGAAGGGACAACUAGGUAAUGUGUUUGUUGAUCCAAGAGAAUUCUAGGGUUCAUUACUAGGCCAAUGUUCCAAAAACAGCCCUGGCUAAUCAACAUAUCAAUGCUAUUAUCAUUGUA